GCGAUUCAAAGAGCAAAGUUGUUGUAGCAAUGAUUAACAAACUCAUACAAUGCUUCCGCAUGUCUCAAAGUUCCUCGAAUGCCUACAGAAUGAUGCCGAUUGCCGCCGCUUUAAAAUCCUUUCCACUGUUUCGCGCCGGCGGUCAACGUGGAAAGCAUCAGAGGGAGUCGUGAGAUACACGGUACGUCGGUAUCCAAUCACAGAGCAAACCGGAGUUCAAAGAAGGGAAUUCGGGAGGUUUCGCAGGGGCAAAAAGGGGAAGGGACAAAGCGGUUGCGUCGAUGCGUGGGAUGAUGUUGAUGAGCGGCAGAAAUGCGCCGGCUGCCGAUUGACGCGCGAAUGGGGGCGAGAAGGCUCGGCUGGCGGCUUCCACUGAGCCGGCGCCUAUUAUUAUUAUCAUUUUUUUUUUUUAUGAUUAGUCGGUUUUUGGGUUCGACUUGUUUGACCGGGAACGGCACGGGGAAAUAAAGUUAGGUCAGACCC